GUCAUGUGACAGACGUUAUGGCCGGUCAUCAGACAUCCCCUAUGUACCCUACAAAGGAGUUAUUGCUUUUGAUUUAAAGCUUUAAAACAGAGAAAUUUGUCGCAAAUUGUUACAAAAUAAGUAAAAUACUCGUUCAAAUUAAAUUUUCGAUGAGAAUUUUGAGCGUUUAAUUGUUCAGUACCAUACUGAAGAGUGGUAAGAACCCUGGGGUAUGAAGAGCAUUUGCAACCUUACAAGGGCUGGGUGAGCAUUAUCGGUUCAUUCUUCAGCAAGAUGGCGGUCGAUGUUGGCAUGUGGAACGUCCUUGUCAUGGGUUUUGCCUUCAUGUUCAUGUUCACAGCGUUUCAAACGACAACCAUGAUCGAGCCCACAGUGUUACAGAGUUUCAGAAAUAGUACCAACAAAGAUGAAAAGAUAGAUGGAUAUGUUAGCCUCGGUAUCAUCUAUGCUGUAUUCACUGUGGCUAACUGGCUGGCACCAUCCUUUGUUGGAUUAUUUGGACCAAGGGUGUCCAUGAUAGUGGGUGGGAUCUGCUAUGCGUUCUGGGUUUCUAUUGCAUAUUACAUAGAAACUUGCUCAUUCACACAGGGACUGUUUUCUUAUUAUUUUCAUGAAUUACCUCUUCUCUGCUUUCAGCCCACAGUGUUACAGAGUUUCAGAAAUAGUACCAACAAAGAUGAAAAGAUAGAUGGAUAUGUUAGCCUCGGUAUCAUCUAUGCUGUAUUCACUGUGGCUAACUGGCUGGCACCAUCCUUUGUUGGAUUAUUUGGACCAAGGGUGUCCAUGAUAGUGGGUGGGAUCUGCUAUGCUUUGUUUAUAGCAAGUCUCAUUCAGCCAAAAGCUUGGAGUGUGUACCUGGGCUCAGUUGUUAUUGGUUAUGGAGCCAGUGUUAUAUGGACAGGCCAAGGUAACUUUCUAACAAUAAAUUCUACUCCUGAAACCAUUUCAAGAAACAGUGGUAUCUUUUGGGCUUUGCUACAAUGCAGCUUGCUUUUUGGAAACAUGUAUGUGUACUUCCAGUUCAAGGAUGAAUCACAAACAAUUAGUGACUCUGUAAGAAGAACUGUGUAUACAGUGUUUACAACCGUGUGUGGCCUAGGAAUAUGUCUUUUAUUUCUUUUACGGAAACCAAGAGAUCUGACAUCACAUGGAGAUGAAAAUGGAGACGAAGAGCUGAGUCAAAGUAUCAGUUUAGGUGACUCUGUAAGAAGAACUGUGUAUACAGUGUUUACAACCGUGUGUGGCCUAGGAAUAUGUCUUUUAUUUCUUUUACGGAAACCAAGAGAUCUGACAUCACAUGGAGAUGAAAAUGGAGACGAAGAGCUGAGUCAAAGUAUCAGACGGUCCAGUGGCACUACUGGAAGAAGAACUGCUUUAGAAUCAUUUAAAAUUGCUGUGAAGAUAUUUUUCACAAAGGACAUGUUGUUGCUCAGCUUGUGUUUUGCAUAUACUGGUAUUGAGCUUACUUUCUUCAGUGGUGUGUAUGGCACAUGUGUAGGCAAUACAAAGAAGUUUGAACAUUCUAAACGUCAAAUUGGACUGGUAGGAAUGUUUAUUGGUUGUGGAGAGAUUAUUGGUGGCCUUCUGUUUGGUAUUUUUGGUAAAAGAAGCAACAAAUUUGGUAGAGAUCCAAUUGUAUUGUUUGGAGCUGCUGUGCACUGGAUAUGCUUUCUGCUUAUCUUUCUCAAUAUUCCUGAUAACACUCCUAAAACUGCUACUACAGCUUCAGCUGGGUCUUAUCAUGUAUUUUCUGAACCUAAUUUGCAAGUUGCUAUGCUUUGUGGUUUUCUGUUGGGCCUAGGCGACAGCAGCUUUAACACACAGAUAUACUCCAUUUUAGGUUCACUGUAUGGAGAUGACAGUGCCCCAGCUUUUGCAUUGUUCAAAUUUGUACAGUCCCUUACUGCGGCAAUUGCAUUCUUCUACAGCCUAAAGCUUGUCCUCAAAUGGCAGCUUCUUAUUUUAGUUAUUUCUUCGUUCUUUGGUACAAUUGGAUUUUUCCUUGUGGAGUGGAAAGUAAGACGAACUGCUAGGCAGGGAUAUCUUCCUAUUGCAAGUUAAUAUCCCUUU